AUGGGCGAUGGGGGCGCGGAACGCGACCGCGGUCCUGCGCACCGAGAGUCUCGGGGCGGGCGCUGCAGGGACCGCGGCGGGCCGGACGAUCCCGGCGUUGAAGCCCGCAGCCGCAGCCCGAAAGAAAUUGCCGGGACCUCCGCCUCUAGCCCCGCGGGCACCAGGGACAGUGGCGCCGACAACGAUGGGCAGCUGGGACGCGGCGAGGCGGACCACUGCCGCCGCAUCCUGGUACGAGAUGCCAAAGGGACCAUCCGGGAAAUUGUCCUUCCUAAGGGCCUGGACCUGGACCGGCCCAAGAGGACCCGAACAUCCUUCACAGCUGAGCAGUUGUACCGCCUGGAGAUGGAGUUCCAGCGCUGCCAGUAUGUGGUGGGCCGGGAGCGCACUGAGCUGGCCCGCCAGCUAAACCUUUCUGAGACCCAGGUGAAAGUCUGGUUCCAGAAUCGCCGCACCAAGCAGAAGAAAGACCAGAGCCGAGACUUGGAGAAGCGGGAAUCCUCCUCUGCCUCCAAGGCCUUCGCCACGUCCAACAUCCUGCGGCUGCUGGAGCAAGGCCGGCUGCUGUCGGUGCCUCGGGCGCCCAGCCUCCUGGCUCUCAUCCCUGGCCCGCCCGGCCUGCCCGCCCACAGGGCCACCUCCCUGGGAGACCCCAGGACCUCUUCCCCGUGCCUCAACCCGCUAGGCGCCGCCUCCGGGUCCCCCCCGCUGCCGCCCCUGCCACCGCCCGCUCUCUGCCUCUCCACUGGCCCACUCCGGGACCUGCCCGCCGGCUACGAACUGGGCUCCUCGGCCUUUGAACCCUAUAGCCGGCUGGAGCGGAGAGAAGUCAGCCCCUGCGACCAGAAAGCUGACGCUUGAGCUCCACCCGUGUGUGACACCGAGUCCCCAGCACAGCACCGCUCCCACCCUGAGUAGGCCCCCAGAGGAGGGGGGUAACCUCCAGCCCUGCCCCCGGUCCCCAGCUCAGAGACCAGAUGACCUUGG